AAAUUCUCCAUACGAUCGCACCCGUGUAUUCCUGUCCAUGCAACAAGUGUUCCCGGUCCCCGGAUGCACUUUGGCCACAGCGUAAUAUGUUGGGGUACAUAAGGGCGAUUCUCGUGCCCGCUCCGACUCCGUCAUUCAAACUUCUCCACCCUCUUCAAGCAACUCAAGUCUCUACCUUCCUACAGCAUGGGCCACCACCACGAGAGGCACCACCACGAACAGUAUCACGAGACGCACAGGGGCGCAUAUGAAGACUUUCACAGAGCCCCUCAUGGAGCCAAGCUCUCUCAUGAACUGAUCGCCGGUGCAGCUGCCUACGAAGCUAUGAAAGCUUACAACGAUCACGUUGCAAGGACAGGACAUCCUGCUAGCCACGCCAAGGCCAAAGAAAUCAUUGCAGCCCUGGCUGGGAUGUACGUCGACCGCAUGAUUGAGACGAAAGGCCUCGAUAAGUAUGAUGAAUACAGGGACAGACGCCGUCUGAAACACCAUGCUGAGGGCCGUGGACACUCGUUCAUCGAGCAGAUGUAUAGGUAUUGAGUGUGGAUGUGUUGAGCCAACAGACAUGUCAUGGACUUGUGUAUGUCGAUGACCUUUGUCGGCGGACAUUGACGUAGUACCUGUGUAUACUCGUUAAUAUUCCCAAGGACGCUUGGCUUAUUUUUCUUGCGAUGGACAUAUGUGAAAUG